GCCUACAUGAUGAUUAAUUGCAUGUUAUCCUCGGUCUUAAUUGGAUAAACCCUACAAAUGCACUUCGAUUCUUAAACACUAUUGGGGGCUUCAUUGCUUUGACGGAAAACAGCGUCGUUGGCUUCUUGAUUAUCAGAACUGCAACUUGUCUCUGAAUCUGAAUCUGAAUCUGAAUCCCCACCACGCACUUUCUCCACUUCACUCAAUCAAUCACUGCAGCUUCUCUUUGAAUCUGAAUCCCCACCACUUUCUCGAUUUCACUGCUUGGCUAUAUACAGGAUGGGGAAAUCACAAGCAGAUGAGAUGAUUCUCAGCUACAAUGAUGUGGUGCUUAGACGAUCGGAUUUAGACAUCCUAAGUGGUCCAUAUUAUUUGAAUGAUCGAAUUAUUGAGUUUUACUUCAGCUAUCUCCCUUCAUGUCAUCCCUCUCAGGAUAUCCUGCUGGUUCCACCAUGCAUUGCAUUUUGGAUUUUACAAUGUCCUGUCGCUGAGGCUCUCAAAGAUUUCUUAGAGCCUCUUCAUUUGUCUGAUAAGGCACUGGUUUUAUUUCCAAUCAAUGACAAUGAUGACGUUAACACGGCUGAAGGUGGAUCCCAUUGGAGCUUACUUGCAUAUUACCGUGACACUAAUCUUUUUGUUCACCAUGACAGCUUCAGAGGCUUAAAUGCAGCACCUUCUAAGAAGCUCUACAAAACUGUUGUUGGAUACAUGGGAUUAUCUCAAUCAGGAUCCAGGGCUAGCUUUCUGGAAUGCACUGAUUCACCCAAGCAAGCUAAUGGUUAUGACUGUGGCUUAUAUGUCACAGCCAUAGCAAGGGUGAUAUGUGACUGGCAUGUAAAUAAUAAAGAUAAAAAUACUGAUAAAAGUGAUUUGUGGUUCUCUGCUGUGAGGGAACAGGUUACUCAAUCUGCCGUUGCAUCCAUGCGAAGUGAGAUCUUGGCAUUGAUCAGAGAUCUAAUGGCAAGACAUUUAGACCAGCAUGCUCCAUAAUAAAAACUUUGUUUCUAAGAUGAAGUCUUGAGUUUAUGUUAGAGGCUUAGAGCUUCCUUUGCUCGACUUGGAAAACUUCCGAUUUAGUGUCAAGUUUAUCGUUUUUUUCUGGGUCCAGGGGAGGGGGACUUGUGGGUGGGGUUGAGUUGUGAAUGUUUGAACCCUGCACCUGAAGCCUGUGUUCUCUAGCUACUGAAGGGGGAUAGUGUCAAGUUUAAAUGAACCUGUCUACCCAGUACCCAGUACCUUUUGAAGCAAAUCUGUUUUGGUAUAUUGAAGGUGGUUCGGAAAAAAAGAUCAAAAUACAUAUUGGCAAGCUAUCUGGUACUCUAUGAAUUGGCACUUACACUUACAUUACUUUCAACGUUGCACUGAUGUGCCUCUUUUUACUAUAAAGUCAAGAACAAUUUUACUUUUUUAUCCGCUGUCUCAGGUAUACUAGUUUGCCUUUUUAAGAUUUUUCUUUGACAAAAUCCAUACUUUAAUAUAGCUUUAUUCUUAAAUGCUUACAUAGUUACAUUGAA